AUGGAUUUUGCAGCCUUGAUGGGCAAGGAGCUGUCCAAGGGCAAGAAGACCGCGAGCGACAGCAGUAUGGAUAGCAAAAAGCAAUUCCUCAAGCGAUCCGAAGUCGAAGCCGAGCGGAAGAGGGAAUACUUAGCAGAGCAGGUCGCCCUGGAGCAGGAGCGCGCAGCCAAGGCCGCCGCGAAGCGCAAGCUCGAGGAAGACACGGCGACCGAGCGCGAGGCGCGCGACGAGAAGCGCCGCAAGCUGGCCGAGGAGUCGCGGCGGCGGCGCGAGGAGCAAGACUGGGAAGAGGAGCAGGCCCGGCGGCGGCGGCUCGGCCUCCCAGAACAGGAGCGGCCCGGCGAAGGCGCUGACGGCGACGAGGCGGUGGCGGCCGACGACGUCCCGGACGAGGAGCUGUUCGCGAAGCUGCGUGAGUUGGGCCACCCGGUGGUGCUGUUCGGCGAGACGCACGCCGGCCGGCUGCGGCGGUACCGCAAGGCGAGCACUGUGCUGACGGACGGGCCGAUCCCGAUGACGCUGCGGCUGGUGGACGAGAAGGACAUGAAGGUCGACGCGGGCGUGCCGCGGGACGCCGAGGCGCGCGCGUGGCUGUACCGGCAGCUCGCGAGCUACUUCACCAUGGUGCUCAGCACGUACCAGCGCACCAUGGAGCAGGAGCGGCGCGACACAAGCGCCAGCAAGACGGCCUACAACGCGAUGCUACAGACCAUCGAAAACAUGAAGCCUCUAUUUCGGAGGUUCGAGGCCGGCGACCUGGACGACUCGCUGCUGGAGCCGGUCGUCGAGAUCGUCAAGGCGCUACAGGAGCGCCGCUACGUGGACGCCAACGACGGCUACCUCCGGCUGAGCAUCGGCAAGGCCGCCUGGCCGAUCGGCGUCACCAUGGUCGGCAUCCACGAGCGCAGCGCGCGCGAGAAGCUGCACGACGGCGAGAAGGGCCACGUCAUGGGCGACGAGGUCACGCGCAAGUUCCUGCAGAGCAUCAAGCGCUGCCUGACGUUUGCGCAGGUCCGCUGGCCGCCCGAGGACCUGCGCCAGCUGAUGGGGUAG